AUGCAGAAUGAGGUCGACGUCGAGAGAACAGAAAUAACAUCGACAUUCAUACGGUGGUUCGUCUACUGCGCUUAUUUCGGACUACCACCGUCAAUCGGAAGUAUUGCUACAACAGAGAUCGCUACGGGCGAUGAUGUAGCGAUGACAACUGCCGAAGGUGGCCAGGCAGAGAGGGCGGCGUUCAGCGGCAAGCCCACGACGACGGAUGAAGAGGACGUGAGCUUGGCUAUCAUGAGGCAUGAGCUUGAGCUGGAGCGAGUGAGGCUCCACGACACGCAUCAGCGAGUAGGAAACCAAAGUUUGAGGUUUGAAAAGUUGGCGCGAGAGGAGGUUUUGCAAAAGGGAAGGCUUAACAGGAUAAGCCGUCAAGUACGAGACCAGAAUGCAAGACUCAAAGAACUGAGGCGAGACUCGCUUCUGGAGCAGGAGAGACUGGAUAGGUUGAAGAAGUUGGUGGAGCAAGAGCAGGGACCGUAA